UUAAGGGUGCCUGUAAAGGCCGAAGUAUGGAACUCGUUUGUUGAUUCUGGGUAGGGAAACAGUAAGCUAUCCUUCGCCGAUGUAUUGGCAUGACGGCUAAUUAUCCAUUCGCGCAGCUGGUGAGGCCUAUCUUAUCGGGCUUUCAACGAAUGUCGGAGCCUUUGUCUGAUCAGAUACGCCAGCUCACCUUGUAGAAGAGUUGAGAGAUUCGUCCAGGCUUCUUCCGCGAGUCAUGUACAGCACGAUACUAAUCAACGGUGUCAUGGGCUUCUUUGUACUCUUCGCAUUUUGCUAUACGUUUGGCGAUAUAUAUAAGCAGCGCUUACAACACCUACCGGAUAUCUGACCACCGAAGUAUACUAUUCCGCCACCGGUUCUACCCCCGAGCACAUCCGGAUUUGCCUCGCUCCUCAUCAUGCUCAUGUUUUCCAAGAACCUCAGCAAGAUGGCAGGUGCAUCUCGCCAACUCCUUGCUUUCGCUCGCGACCGCGGCCUGCCCUCUUCCAGCUGGAUGUCCCUAGUUCUCCGCAUUUCGGCGUGCUUGUCAACGCCAUCCUUAUUUCCGCCCCGUUUUCAUGCAUUUUUCAUUGCAUUAACAUCGGGCCUGCCACCGUUUGGAACAUUAUCAUGUCUGUUGGUACUGGCGCUGGUUACGUCCAAUAUGAUCUCGAUAGGUUUUAUCAUAUGGCGUCGCACGAAGAAGCUGCCGCUGCUGCCGUCUCAUUCAGCCUCAUACACAGCCUUGGACUCACCGUGGAUGGACUUGCACUCCGCUUUUGUGUGUCGGUGUUUGUCUUUGCUCUCUUCCCGCCUGUACCGGACCCUCCUACUGUAACCAUGAACUAGGCAAUCGCGAUGUAUGCGAGCGUCCUUCUCAUUGCAGGCGUGUACUAUGCCAUCUUUGCAAGACACCAUUACGAGGAACCAGUGAAGUAUGAGAGAAAGCCGGUCCGACGAUUGGAAAUAUGGAGAUGCAUGCGAGAAGGGAUUAGUGAAGGGCG